AUGAUGGAGAUUAGGAAGAGCACCAUCAAGGACAUGCAGGAUGCAGGCACUCACUUCGGGGGUAAAGGCUUCGGUGAGGGCAUCGCGGGAGCCGCCAGUGAGUCCAGGCUCCCAGGUCUCAACAUCUGCACUGGUGGAAGUGCUACCUCCUGUGAAGAGUGUCUACUCAUCCACCCACAAUGUGCCUGGUGCUCCAAAGAGGACUUUGGCAGCCCGAGAUCCGUCACCUCUCGGUGUGACUUGAGGGAAAACCUCAUCAGCCACGGCUGUGCAGGCCAGCUGGAGAGCCCGGGCAGCAGCACCCGCGUCGUGCGGAGCCAGCCCCUCAGCUCCAGCUCCGCGGGCUCAGAUGUCAUCCAGAUGACGCCGCAGGAAGUCAUGCUGAGCCUCCGGCCCGGUGACCAGACUACCCUGCAGCUGCAGGUGCGACAGGUGGAGGAUUAUCCCGUGGACUUGUACUACCUGAUGGACCUCUCCCUGUCCAUGAAGGAUGACUUGGACAGCAUCCGGAACCUGGGUACCAAACUCGCUGAGGAGAUGAGGAAGCUCACUAGCAAUUUUCGGUUGGGGUUUGGCUCUUUCGUAGACAAGAGCAUCUCCCCAUUCUCCUACACAGCACCGAGGUACCAGACCAAUCCAUGCAUUGGUUACAAGUUAUUUCCAAACUGCGUCCCGUCCUUUGGUUUCCGCCAUCUGCUGCCUCUUACAGACAGAGUGGACAGCUUCAACGAGGAAGUGCGCAAACAGAGGGUGUCCCGGAACCGAGAUGCCCCCGAGGGGGGCUUUGACGCCAUACUCCAGGCUGCUGUCUGCAAGGAGAAGAUCGGUUGGCGAAAGGAUGCGCUGCACUUGCUGGUAUUCACGACGGAUGACGUGCCACACAUCGCCCUGGAUGGGAAACUGGGGGGCUUGGUGCAGCCCCACGAUGGCCAGUGCCACCUGAAUGAGGCCAAUGAGUACACGGCGUCUAACCAGAUGGUGAGGAUCGGGGCCUAGGUCCCCCCACCCCCACCCCACCCCGGUAUAGCACUAUUUCUCCUAGAGGGUAAGGAGGAGCAAAUGGAUUUAUCGUUUCUUUGUUUCUUUUCCUCCAAGAAUUUUACAGCCCUGAUACCUGGAACAACAGUGGAGAUUCUACAUGGAGACUCCAAAAAUAUCAUUCAACUGAUUAUCAAUGCGUAUAAUAAUAUUCGGUCGAAAGUGGAGCUGUCAGUCUGGGACCAGCCUGAGGAUCUCAACCUCUUCUUCACCGCUACCUGCCAAGACGGUGUGUCCUACCCGGGGCAGAGGAAGUGUGAGGGCCUGAAAAUCGGGGAUACGGCAACCUUUGAUGUGUCGGUGGAGGCCCGGAGCUGCCCAGGGAGAAGCGUGGAGCAGAGGUUCACGCUGCGGCCUGUGGGCUUCCGGGACAGCCUGGAGGUGGGACUCGCUUACCAGUGCACGUGCAGCUGCAGCGCCCGGCUGGAGCCAGACAGCGCCAGAUGCAAUGGCAAUGGGACUUACGUCUGCGGCCUGUGUGAGUGCAACCCCAGCCACCUGGGCACCCGCUGCGAGUGCCAGGAAGGGGAGAACCAGAGCGUGUACCAGAACCUGUGCCGGGAGGCCGAGGGGAAGCCCCUGUGCAGUGGGCGUGGCGAAUGCAGCUGUAACCAGUGCUCCUGCUUCGAGAGCGAGUUCGGCAAGAUCUACGGGCCUUUCUGCGAGUGUGACAACUUCUCCUGUGCCAGGAACAAGGGCGUCCUCUGCUCAGGCCAUGGCGAGUGCCAUUGUGGAGAGUGCAAGUGCCAUGCGGGUUACAUCGGGGACAGCUGCAACUGCUCGACAGACAUCAGCACCUGCCAGGCCAAGGACGGCCAGACCUGCAGUGACCGCGGGCACUGUGUCUGUGGACAGUGCCAGUGCACGGAGCCAGGAGCCUUUGGGGAGACGUGUGAAAAGUGCCCAACCUGCCCUGAUGCCUGCAGCACCAAGAGAGACUGUGUCGAGUGCUUGCUGCAUCACUCGGGGCAACCAGCAGGUAACCAGACGUGUCACAACCAUUGCAAAGACGAGGUGAUCACGUGGGUGGACAGCAUUGUGAAAGAUGACCAGGAAGCUGUGCUUUGUUUCUACAAAACUGCACAGGACUGCCUCAUGAUGUUCACCUAUGGGGAGCUCCCCAAUGGGAAGACCAACCUGACGGUCCUCAGGGAGGCAGAGUGUGGGGCCGCCCCCAACGCCAUGACCAUCCUGCUGGCCGUGGUGGGCAGCAUCCUCCUGGUGGGCAUCGCGCUCCUGGCCAUCUGGAAGCUGCUUGUCACCAUCCACGACCGGAGAGAGUUUGCCAAGUUCCAGAGCGAGCGAUCCAGGGCCCGCUACGAGAUGGCUUCAAACCCUCUGUAUAGAAAGCCCAUCUCCACACACACCGUGGACUUCACCUUCAACAAGUUCAACAAGUCCUACAAUGGCACCGUGGAUUGAUGGCGGAUAGAAGUCUGCUCCUUGGAGCGAUGGAGGGGCGUGAACUGAAAGCCGGAGGCUAGGACCUCAGGCAGCUGCUCCCCUUGACCCCGGCCCCUCAAGAGGAGAGCGGGGAGAACCCUGCAGGGAGCUGGGCCAGAAAGAAGCCUGCCCAGGAGCACCACCCCUGCUGUCCCCCCGCCACACCAUCCAGGCACCCCUCAAGGACCUGGUGCUGGGCUUUUCUGCCUCACCCUACUGGGGUCCCAUGAACUGCUGAGUCGCCCCUGGGCAAGUGACUGCGUGGGCCCCCAGCCCCCAGCCUGUCUUUCCCAGGGGCCAUUUUAACAGAUGCCAUAAAGGGCUCCUGCGUGUAUGGUGCCCCUGCGCGGAUGAUUGCUGGUGGGCAUGGGGCCAUUGCUCCACCCCGCUGUCCUGCCCUCUCGGGGUGGGGAUGGGGGUGGUGUGCAAUCCGUGAGACUGUGGCAGGCACAUGGUUUGCAAGUGCCAGCUCCCCCCUCCGGGUCCCCGUCUUUUGUGUACUUUUGUAAUGAAAGGGGAAGCGGUUGUUUGGGAUCGAAAGUCAAGAUUAAAACCAAAUGUCCUUG